AUGGCAACUGUUCCCAGAGUUGAGUUUGAGAAUAGCGUCUUAGAUAUUGAUUUAAAAGACCAACGACGUUCGAUGGACCUCAUCCAAAAUGAAAUAAUUCAACGUAUACUGGGUGACAAAAAGUUUCUUUAUCAGGACAAUGUGAGAUUUAGAAAAAUCACGAAAAAUGAUAACAUAAAACAAACAAUUGACAAACUGCAGAAAGACAAUCUAAAGGAGGAGAUUCAAUGCUUUUAUUCGUACGGUAUACAUUUGCAGAAGAUGCUGAGUGUAAUAGAGAUCUAUAAGAGAGUGGUUAAAAAUAGCUCUACGAAACUGGAACAGUACAACAAAUUGACCAAUUUUGUGGCCAUAGAAGAAGGCAGAAAUGUUUUAUUGGAGAAGAAGACAAGAAUACCUGUUCUGAUUGUUUUCAUAAGCGCUGAACAGAACAAAACUCUUGAAAGAGAUCUAUUGAUCCAGAAAAAAUUCACCAAACAGACAUGA